AUGCACGACGCAUACGAACCAGUUCCCAUCCUGGAGAAACUGCCCCUCCAGAUCGACUGUCUGGCGGCCUGGGAUGAUUGGCUCCUUGUGGGGACCAAACCGGGUCAUCUGCUUCAGUACAGGAUCAAGAAAGAUGCCGGUACAAACAGGUUUGAAGUUACAUUAGAGAAAUCCAAUAAGAACUUCUCCAAGAAGAUUCAGCAGCUAUUUGUAGUUUCACAGUACAAGAUUUUGGUUAGUUUGUUGGAAAACAACAUCCACGUUCACGACCUGCUCACGUUCCAGCAGAUAACUGUGGUAUCAAAAGCUAAAGGGGCUACAUUAUUUGCCUGUGACCUGCAGCAGUCUGAAUCUGGUGAGGCUAAACUGCGCAUGUGUGUUGCAGUCAAGAGGAAAAUUCAGCUCUAUUACUGGAAGGACAGAGAAUUCCACGAAUUACAGGGAGAUGUCACUGCUCCGGACAUUCCCAAGUCCAUGGCGUGGUGUGAGAACUCUAUAUGCGUGGGUUUCAAACGAGACUACUAUCUGAUACGGAUGGAUGGACGUGGCUCAAUCAAGGAACUGUUCCCCACAGGAAAACAGCUGGAGCCAUUGGUGGCCCCACUGGCUGAUGGGAAGGUAGCAGUGGGUCAGGAUGACCUCACGGUUGUCUUAAAUGAAGAAGGCGUCUGCACUCAGAAAUGUGCCCUCAACUGGACUGACAUCCCUGUUGCAAUGGAGCACCAGCCACCAUACAUCAUUGCAGUGUUACCGCGGUAUGUGGAGAUCCGCACAGUCGAGCCCAGACUCCUGGUGCAGAGCGUAGAGCUGCAGAGACCACGCUUCAUCACCUCCGCUGGGUCAAACGUUGUGUAUGUCGCUAGCAAUCAUUUUGUCUGGCGUUUGGUCCCGGUGUCUAUAGCCAGCCAGAUACGGCAGCUGCUACAGGACAAACAGUUUGAACUGGCACUUCAGCUAGCGAAAAUGAAGGAUGAUUCCGAUACAGACAAGAGGCAACAGAUCCAUCACAUUCAGAACCUGUUUGCCUUCAACCUGUUCUGCCAGAAGCGCUUUGAUGACUCCAUGCAGGGCUUUGCUAAGUUAGGGACAGAUCCCACUCAUGUUAUUGGACUGUACCCAGACCUGCUCCCCUCCGACUAUCGUAAACAGUUGCACUACCCAAACCCUCUGCCCCCGCUGUCUGGAGCUGAACUGGAGAAAGCCCACCUCGCCCUCAUAGACUACCUGACACAGAAACGCAGUCAUUUAGUGAAGCAGCUGAACGACUCUGACCCGUCGACCACCUCACCGCUAAUGGAGGGAACGCCCACCAUCAAGAGCCGCAAGAAACUCCUGCAGAUCAUCGACACCACCCUGCUCAAGUGUUACCUCCAUACCAAUGUAGCCUUAGUGUCUCCUCUCCUGCGCCUGGAGAACAACCACUGUCACAUCGAGGAGAGCGAGUAUGUGCUGAAGAAAGCCCACAAAUACAGCGAACUCAUCAUUCUCUAUGAGAAAAAAGGCCUUCAUCAGAAAGCUCUGCAGGUUCUGCUGGAUCAGUCCACCAAAGCCAACUCGCCUCUGAAGGGUCACGAGAGGACAGUGCAGUACCUCCAGAGGCUCGGAUUGGAGAACCUGGGAAUCAUCUUUGAGUUUUCGCCGUGGGUGUUGAAGAUUUGUCCAGAGGACGGCCUGAAGAUUUUCACGGAGGACCUAACGGAGGUGGAGACACUGCCCAGGGAUCAAGUGUUGAACUUUCUGAAGGAGGGCUUCAAGGAGCUGGCCAUCCCAUACCUGGAGCACAUCAUUCACAUGUGGGACGAGACGCGGCCUGAGUUUCACAACGUUCUGAUCCAGCUCUACCUGGAGAAGGUGCAAGGGCUCAUGAAGGCGUAUCUCAACACACUGCCUGAAGGCAUUCCAGCUGUAGCUGCAGGAAAAGAGAAAGGAGAGCUGGGCGAGUUCAGGAACAAACUUCUGUCUUUCCUGGAAGUUUCCAGCAGUUACGAGCCAGAGAUACUCAUCAGUGAUUUCCCUUUCGACGGCCUGUUGGAGGAAAGAGCGCUUCUUUUGGGACGUAUGGGGAAACACGAGCAGGCUCUGUUCAUCUAUGUCCACAUCCUGAAGGACACGCGGAUGGCUGAAGAGUACUGCCACGGUCAUUAUGAUCCUGCAACUAAUGGCAAUAAAGAUGUGUAUCUGUCACUGCUGCGCAUGUAUCUGUCUCCUCCUGAUGUUCAUUUCCUCGGGCCCAUUAAGAUGGAGCUAUGCGAGCCACAGGCAAACCUCCAGGCGGCGCUGAACGUCCUUCAGCUUCACCACAGCAAACUCAACACCACCAAAGCCAUAAACCUGCUGCCAGCCAACACACAGAUCCGAGAGAUCCAGGUGUUUCUGGAGAGCGUGCUGGAGGAGAAGGCUGGACGCAAGCGCUUCGACCAGGUCCUGAAGAGCCUUCUACAGGCCGAGUUCCUGCGGGUGCAGGAGGAGCGUAUCUUUCACCAGCAGGUGAAGUGUGUGAUCACAGACGAGAAGACCUGCAGAGUGUGCAAGAAGAAGAUUGGAAACAGUGCCUUUGCCAGGUAUCCAAACGGUGUGGUGGUCCACUACUUCUGCUGUAAAGAUCGCAACACAUGUCCAGCAGAGUAACAGCAGAAAGAGUCCAGACCGACCUGAAGUAAAUCUCUCUCUCUCCGCUUUCUGUCUGGAUCUGACUUUACCCUAAAACGCCAAAGACCACUCGUCAGUCUGGUCUCGUUAAUCAACUUCCAAAAACUAUGAAGCCAAUUCAGAUUUGUAAGCUUGCCUAAAUGCACAACACAGAUCGGUAGCUUUUUCCUCCCCCUGAGGAAACCUCCUGUGUGUGCGCUUUACUCACAGUGCACCUUUUCAUCCAACGCGACGCUUUUUGUCUGAUGGCUUUUAGUGUUUGCGCUCACCUGCAGGCUCACAGGACUGUUCUUCUGCGCCACUCGGCUUCACUUAAGAUGAAAUCAGACACCAGACACAAACCUUAAUGUGGCCCGUCUACACAGAGGGCAGCUCCGGCACACACUGUGGAAACAAAUAUCCAUUACUUAAAGGGAUAGUUCACCCCAAAAUCUAAAUUUUUGAGUUUGUUUUUGAUGGAUGCUGGUUGUUUGUCUUCUGUAGUAGGAAAAAAUACAAUGCAAGUCAAAAAGUGGCUGUUUUUUUCCCUCCAGCAAUCCUCAGAGUAUCUUCCUUUGUGUCCAACAGAGGUUUGGAUGAAGUGAAAGGUGAGUAAAUGAUGACAGAAUUUUCAUUUUUGCGUGAACUGUCUCUUUAACAGUUUCUGUAUUUUGUUCAUUGAAGGGUGUUCAUUGCAUUAUGGGAGCUUGAUUUCUGCUCUGUUAAAGCACAGAGUAAAAUUUUCAACAUCAAUAGUCGACAAAGUUACGGUUAUUGACAUUUUAAUAGUAUGAAACAAAAUGUUGUAUAAGAAAUAAUGAAUAAAAGUCAGAAAAUGACCGAAGAAGUAUUAUUAUCAGUUUAAUAUUGUAAUUGAGACACCAAUAUAGACCGUAUUUGACUCCAAACUAAUAAAAAUGUCAGUAAAAUCACUUUUUUUAACAUUAAAAGUUGUUUGUUGACAGAUUGAGGUCCAAUAAUGGAAUUUAAAAGCAUCCAUAAAUGUAAAAACAGAAAAUGACCGAAGAAGUAUUAUUAUCAGUUUAAAUUGUAAUUGAGACACCAAUAUAGACCGUAUUUGACUCCAAACUAAUAAAAAUGUCAGUAAAAUCACUUUUUUUAACAUUAAAAGUUGUUUGUUAUCAGAUUGAGGUCCAAUAAUGGAAUUUAAAAGCAUCCAUAAAUGUAAAAACAAAACAAAUACGAUGGGAAAAGGGUAAUUUACAGUGCAUGAAUGCUCGCAGAUCAGCCAUGUUAACAUUUAAAGAGACAGUUCACCCAAAAAUCUGCAUUUUUCUCCCUCACAUAGUUUUUAUGAAAUUCUAUUGAACACAAAAGAAGAUGAUGAGGAAUGUUGAGGAAUAAUAGCAGCCGUUGACUUCCACAGUAGGAACAAAAUACAAUGCAAGUCAAAAAUCUGCUGUUUUUUUCCCUCCAGCAUUCUUUAGAGUAUCUUCCUUUGUGUCCAACAGAGGUUUGGAUGAACUGAAGGGUGAGUGAAUGAUGAUCGAGUUGAGAUUUUUUGGUGAACUGUCCCUUUAACAGUUCCAUAUUAUGUUUAUUUGAGGAUGUUAAUUGCAUCAUGGGAGCCUGAUAUCUUCUCUGUCGACUAUUGAUGUUGAAAAUUCAACUCUGUGUUUCAACAAAGUCUCUGUUAUUGACAUUUUAAUGGUUUGAAACAAAUAAUUUCUAUAAGAAAUAAUAUAUACAAGUCUGUAAAUUAACAGAAAAAGUACUAUUAUCAUUUUUAUAUCAGAAUUUCCAACACUGAUGUUGACAGUAUUUCACUUCAAACUAAUACAAAUGUCAGUAAAAUCACUUUUUAUUUGAACUUUUCAACAUCAGAAUUUGUUGGUUAAAAAUUGAGGUCCAAUAAUGUCAUUUAAAAGCAUCAAUAAAUGUCAAAAAUACUGGAAAAAAUGCUAACUUAUGAAUGUAUAUAUAUAAUUUUACAGCAUGGAUGCUCGCAGAUUCAUCAUGUUAGCAAUUAAAGAGACAGUUCACCCAAAAAUCAACAUUGUCCCUCACAAAAAUGGCUUUCAUGAAUUUCUGUUGAACACAAAAGAAGAUAUUCCGAGGAAUUUUGAAGAAUAAACGCAGCUGUAGACUUCAACAGUAGGAAAAGAAAUACUAUAAGUCAAAAACUGGCUGUUUAUUUCCAACAUUCUUCUAUUGUGUUCAACAGAGGUUUGGAUGAACUGAAGGGUGAGUAAAUGAUGAUCGAGUUUUCAUUUUUGAGUGAACUGUCUCUUUAACAGUUUCCGUAUUUUGUUUAUUUAAGGAUGUUAAUUGCAUUAUGGGAGCUUGAUUUCUGCUCUGUCGGCUAUUAAUGUUGAAAAUUUUACUCUGUGCUUUAACAAAGUUACGGUUAUUGACAUUUUAAUAGUUCAAAACAAUAUCUCGUAUAAGAAAUACUAUCUGCAAGUCUGUAAAAUAACAAAAAAAGUACUAUUAUCAGUUUUAUAUUGUAAUUUACAACACCGAUAAAGACAAUAUUUCACUUAUAACUUAUAAAAAUGUCAAUAAAAUCACUUUUUUCAACUUUUCAACAUCAAUCAACAAUCAACAGUUGUUGAUUUUAACAGAUUGAGGUCCAAUAGUGGAAUUUAAAAGCAUCCAUAAAUGUAAAAACAAAACCAAUUACAGAAAAAGAAGCUAAUUUAUGGAUAUUUGUACAGGGCAUGGAGCUCACAGAUCUAUCAUGUUAGCAUUUAAAGGGACAGUUCACCUAAAAAUCAACAUUUUUCUUACACAAAUAGUUUUUAUGAAGUCCUGUUGAACACAAAAGAUAUUCUGAUGAAUCCGUAUAUGAAAAUACAACACAAAUCAAUGCCUUUUUUUCCCCUAUCGUUCUUCAGAAUAUCUUCCUUUGUGUUCAUCAAGAAGAAAGAAACGGUUUGGACCAAGCAGUGGAUGAGUAGAUAAUGUCAAGCAUUUUUAUUUCUGGGUGAACUAUCCCUUUAAUAAAGCCAUUAAAACCGGUUUGUGUGUCUGAAUGAGGAGCGGAGCAGCGACUUUACAAUCUCAGUAUUUUCUUUCUUUUCGUUACUUGAGUGGCUUUUAUUUAUUAUUAACACACCGUCUAAACCUGUUGAGGAAUGUUUCACCUAUGUGUGCAGUCGUGUGGCUUCCUAAUGCGUCUGUCUGUUUAACACUCGUGCUUUCUGUCCUGUGUAGAGCACGAGCUGGACUGUUGCUCGAGAGAAAGCUCACUCUCGCUACACGAAUGCGAAUGUAUAGACUGUUCAUUUAAAUCUGAGCUGGAAGAGCAAUCUAAUAAAGGUUUCUUCUCUUA